AUGAUGCCAGGCGUGCACAAGGUCACCAGAAUGCGCGUGUCUUCACCAUUAGUCACCGCUAGAGGGAGCUGUCUGCUCAGGACUCGCUCGGAGGAAACCCACACUGUAAUGGUUGUGUUUCCGUGUGGCCCGCGGCUCUGUUGGGCUGUUGCUAAGCUAACGGCUAACAGCGUGUGUCGCGCUGAACAGCUGCAGGUUCCAGAAUCAGAAUCAUUCUUAUUGCCACAGGUGAAAGAAGCCCGUAGAGUCAGAAUAACUAAGGAAAGAAACGUAAAGGAAUCUGCAGAAGUGGGGAGCGGGGACAGGAUCAAACCUACUGCCAAGAGUCCAACAACCUCUGUGCCAGACUUGCCCUCAGUCCCACCACAUUCCAGUGGAAGAGCAACGAAACAAUCAAAUCCCAAAAAAGAAAACCAAGUCGCUGUUACUCUGCAGAAAAGCCGGAAGCUCCCUGGAAACUGUCUCCAAAGCUGUGGUGGUGCGGAGGCUCACGGCGAUGCUCCUCUAAAGCUCAGCCGUCUCUUAUCUGUGGCUCACCAGGACCUUUUCAUCCGAGGGAAACCAACUCUGCAAAGGAGUAACAGGAACAUGGUUGAGUCCUUGUCGUCACUGCCUUCUGCACAGCCGCUUUGCCUUAACCCUUCAAAGUCACCGGCCACUGCUUCGCACUCAGACUGUUCCAUCAAUAAAAUCCCCAAAGUCGAAGAAAAGUGUAAGAUUGAGGAGUCUUCCAAACCUCAGACACAAAGACGUCGUGACCAACCUACAAUGUCAUGA